CGGUCUGUUGAUGAACACCAUCCUAUGAAGCUGGAGGCUGUUCUGAUGGCGCAAAAUGUCAAAACUUAUCUUUUUACUUCUCAUGGGGAUAAACAGCACUGCUGCUGAUUCUAGACGAGGGAGCUAUUCUGUGGAGCUGAAGAUCGGUCUGUUGAUAAACACCAUCCUACGAAGCUGGAGGCUGUUCUGAUGGCGCAAAAUGUCAAAAUCUAUCUUUUUACUUCUCAUGGGGAUAAACAUCACUGCUGCUAUGACCCACUCCCUGAAGCAUUUCUACACUGGAUCGUCUCGAGUCACAAACUUCCCAGAGUUUGUGGCUGUUGGUUUGGUUGAUGAUGUUCAGAUUGAUUAUUAUGACAGCGACACCAAGAGAUGUGAGCCCAAACAGGACUGGAUGAAUGAUGUAGUAGAUCCACAGUACUGGGAGAUGGAGACUGGAAGGUGUCGGGGUGCCCAGCAGAUCUUCAAAGCCGUUAUUGAAAUAGCAAAGCAGCGCUUCAACCAAACUGGAGGUGUCCACAUUGUCCAACAAAUGUACGGCUGUGAGUUGGAUAAUAAGACUGGAGAGGUUACAGGCUAUGAACAGUAUGGCUGUGAUGGAGAAGACUGGCUGAAAUGGGAUGUGAAGACAAACAGAUGGCUCGCUGCAAAACAACAGGCUGAAAUUAUAACAAAUGAAUGGAACAAAGACAGAGCUGACCUGGCGAGAAAGGAGAACUACCUCAAACAGAUUUGUCCUGAGUGGCUGAAGAAGUAUGUCAAAUCUGGGAGGAGCUCUCUGAUGAGAACAGAUCUUCCAUCAGUGUCCUUCCUCAAGAAGUCUUGCUGCUCUCCAGUCAGCUGCCACGCUACAGGUUUCUACCCCAACAGAGCAGAGAUGUUCUGGAGGAAAGAUGGAGAGGAGGUUCAUGAUGGUGUGGUCAAAGGAGAGAUCCUCCCUAACAAUGAUGGGACCUUCCAGAUGAGCGUUGACAUCGAUCUGUCAUCUGUUGCACCUGAAGACUGGAACAAGUAUGAAUGUGUGUUUCAGUUCUCUGGAGUCAAAGAAGACAUCGUCCAUAGACUGGAGAAACCAAGAAUCCAGUAUAAUGAAUCAAACCCCAACAUGUUCAUCAUCCUUGUUGAUGUGGCUAUCCUUGGUCUCCUUGGUCUUGUAUGCGUGACAGGAUUCUGUCUUCACAACAACAAGAACACCAAGCGUCCACCUUCUGCUGUGGAGUACGCUAGACCCCCAGAGGAGACCAAGUUUCUUCCAGAAGCCUGAAGAAACAGAAAUAGACGAACACAGAGAUGUGAGCUCAUUAAUGUUGAAGCUCUUAGUAAUAAACUAGGGCGGUCAGGUUUUUUUGGGGGAUUUUUUGCGGCUCUAGUGGCUCGCUUUUUCUGAAAGUAUGCUGA